AUGAUGUCCGGUCGGAAAGUCCAGAAAGUUAUGGUGCAACCCAUCAACCUCAUUUUCCGUUAUCUUCAAAAUCGAACCAGGAUCCAGAUUUGGUUGUAUGAAGACGUUACUCAUCGCAUUGAGGGUUAUAUUGUUGGAUUCGAUGAGUAUAUGAAUGUUGUAUUGGAUGAAGCUGAAGAGCUCAACGUCAAGACACAAAGCCGCAACAAACUUGGUCGCAUCUUGCUCAAAGGCGAUAAUAUCACUAUGAUUCAUGCCGUUACUAAGAGAUUCUGCUUACCUCACUUACUAAAAGGGAUGCUUCUCGUUGUGGCGUUACUAUUUCUCCCACACAUCGUGCUGGGCAUCCUGAAUACAGGUGUACAACUUCGGAUAGAGGAACUCUUCGAUACUCCGGGUCAUACCAACAACUGGGCUGUCCUUGUAUGUACUUCUCGGUUCUGGUUUAACUAUCGUCACGUUUCCAAUGUCCUAGCUCUAUACCAUACUGUCAAACGACUGGGUAUACCUGAAAGUAACAUCAUUCUGAUGCUAGCCGAAGACAUCCCAUGCAAUCCAAGAAAUCCUCGCCCAGGUACGGUGUACGCGGCACGUGCCGGAAAUAAUCUCUACGGAAUAGAUGUUGAGGUGGAUUAUCGAGGAGAAGAGGUGACCGUGGAAAAUUUUAUCCGCCUUCUCACAGGACGUCAUCACCCUGCUACUCCACGGUCGAAACGAUUGCUAACUGAUCAUCAGAGCAACGUGUUGAUUUACCUGACUGGCCACGGUGGUGAUAGUUUUCUGAAAUUCCAAGACGCCGAAGAAUUAACAAAUGUCGAUUUAGCGUAUGCCAUCCAGACGAUGUAUGAAGAUAACAGGUAUCAUGAAAUGUUCCUAAUUGCUGACACUUGCCGCAGUGCUUCCAUGUAUGAAUGGGUGUCGAGUCCUGGAGUAUUGUCGACUAGCAGCAGUUUGACACAUGAGGAGAGCUAUUCGUACGACGUGGACGACGAAAUUGGUGUUUAUGUCAUCGAUAGGUACACACAUUUUACCGUAGCAUUCUUGAAUCGCGAAGUGAAAUCUCUGAAUUCCACUGCCACAAUGCAAGAUUAUCUCGAAUCGUGCUCUCGCCGCCAGUGUCUGUCAACAGUUGGGGUACGCAAAGAUACUUACCCGAAGGAACCAUCCCGGGUACGUGUAACUGAUUUCUUCGGUUCGUCCCGAAUCAUUCGUCAUUUAUCCGAGGAAAUCGAAAUCGAUGACGAGUGGUUGAAUAUCAGCAAUUAG